AUGAAGGAAGCCGGAGCUGGGCGGGAUGGGAUUACUGCCCGAGGCAGUCAACAGCAACCCAACCCCAUGGUCACCUAUGAGAUACCCGAGGAAUCCAUUCUGUCGGGAUCGUGGGGUCUUGCCGCCAUUUCUGGGAAGCUUGCAAUGCAAGGCCACGUUAUGCUUGUCAGUGCAUUGCCGUACUUUGAAUUCUAUGGAGAGUCAAACGAACUAGCUGGGGUUCUUUGA